UCACUUCCGGCGCCGCGGUAGUCACACGGCCGGAACCUGGAUCAGAGCGGCACAUCCAGCGAGCGCGCAAGAGGCCUAGCCGGGUACUCUCCACAGGUGAGGGGGGAGUAUCCGGGCGGGCCUGCUCCGCUGCGCGACACUCUGCAAUAGCUAGCAAUGCAAACAGAGCAAGUCCCUUACAGAGAGGCCGCGGCGCGCAGAGAGGGAGGCUCAGGGGUUCCAGUGUUAGCAAGCAGGCUUAUGGGAGAGCUAGAAGCGCAUUGCUGGAGCGCCAGUGGUAUCACAGGGGGGGUGCCAGCAGCAACUAUGUACCCCAAACAAGGGUGAAUGCGCCCACUGAUGGGGCACAGGGCGAGUCGCUAGGCACAAUAACUGCAGGGGUCCAAGGGGGCAAAGGGCUUGUUGCGGCAGGUGCUCAGAACGUUCAUUCAGUCAGGGAGCGUGUGGUCAGAGAAUCCCCCUAUGUGGCAGGGCCAGCGAAUGAAUGGAGUGGUGAUAUGAAUGACGAGAGGGCUAGAGGGGUCCCAGACAGGGCCGGGGGCAGUACUUCUACCCCGAUUGGGGGCGGCAGUCAAGGGGGACACACGGCUGGCCUGGAUACUCCCCUCUCGUUUGUUUCUCCCCCACAGGACAUGGUGCCUACACCGCAGAGGACAGAGGGCCCGGGUACAACGGGAGUAGGACUAUCUGUACAGCCAGCAGGCGGAUCAGUGGCAGCUGCACCAGGAACAUCUACCCCGUCAACAUCGGCAGUUGGUGUGGCUACAGGUCCUUCUCGUAUCUGGAUAAUAGGGCACUCCUACGUGCACUGGGCGGCACUGAAGGCCCAUUCUCUUCCUGAGGGGCAGCAGUUGGGGAUUCCGACGUCUCAGGCAUCAAUACGGUGGUUGGGCCGUAGAGGCUUACAGUGGGAUGGUUUGCCUGCCCUCCUCCAGAAUGCCAGACAUCGAUGGGGACAGCCCCACAUCAUCCUCCUUCACAUGGGGGGAAAUGAUAUAGGGAGUGCACCUGCUCUAGAUCUCAUCAAUGCGAUGAGGUCGGAUGUCAAGUGGAUCUGUACCACGUUUCCGGGGGUUAGGCUGGCCUGGUCCAACAUAAUCCCCCGGCUGCGUUGGAGAUAUUUCCCCACACCGAGGAUAGCAUAUAGGGUUAGGAAAAAAGUUAACAGGGAGCUGGGUAGAGCAGUAAUAGAGGUAGGGGGUUUUGUGGUCCGCCAUGAACUGAUCUCAGCGGACAAAAAAGGGCUGUAUCGCCCGGACGGGGUGCACCUGUCCGACGAAGGGCUGGCGAUCUUCCUGGUGGACCUCAAAACGGCUCUGGUUAGUAAUAUUUAGCGGGUGGCGGCAAGAGCCCGGUUUAUGUGGGAGUGCCUGUCUCUUGUGGCGGGAGGUCGUAGCCAUCAACAAUUGAGGGCGGAGUCUGUAGAGGUGACAGUCGGGCUAAUGGGCGGGGGUGAUGUCCUCAGGUCGUGACCUGGGGGGCCCCGCCCCGCGGGUCUGCUGGCUGAAGAUCCUUUUAGGACGUCCGCGCCUACUAGACGGAAUGGGGUGGGGCCACAUUUGUGCCCACCCUUGGCAUUUGCUAUUCCACGACAUCUGGCUGCGACCUCUUGUCAUAUGGAGCUAAUAGUUUACUAGGCCUCGAAUGCCGCCACAAGUUAAAUAUUUGAAUGACUUCCGUUGAAGUCAAGUUAAUAAAUGUGACCAUCGUUAUGGUCUUUAAAUCCCAGCUAUCUGUGUCGUGUCUUUAUUUAUAAGUUAAGUAGUUAUGUUAAGUUGUUUUGAAGGGGUUGGAACUACCAGAUACAGCAUCAGCCCUUAGGGGAAUGAAAGGUAGCAGAGUCUCCUGUAAUGGAGUUAAGGGAUGAGCUGACAGGCUAGUGGAAAAUCCCAGUGUAGUGUAGCAGCAACAAUGUUGCAAAGUGAGGGGAGGUCUUAGGCUCACCUAAUAUAAACGAAGUUCUGGAACAAUCUGGCCUCUUCCACCUGGGAUUUUGCAAGGAGAAAGUUUCCCUCCCUCCCAACCCUAUUGUUGAAUGGUUAAUUAAGUAAUUGCUAUUGCAACAGUUUUUAGGCGUCAUUCAGGCAGAUGGCUUCCCGGACGGGUUGCUGGUCCUUUAGAUGCGAAAGGCAGGGAUGGGGUUAGUUGACCUAGUCUUGGUAAGACCUUAGCCGUAAUUUAUUUGCUUCCUGGGCGAGCCUUGCUGCAGGGCUUGGCCAUACCAGUGCCUUAGAGGCUGAAGCGCAUCAUAACAUCCACGUAUCUCCUAAUGGCGGGAGGUCGUAGCCAUCAACAAUUGAGGGCGGAGUCUGUAGAGGUGACAGUCGGGCUAAUGGGCGGGGGUGAUGUCCUCAGGUCGUGACCUGGGGGGCCCCGCCCCGCGGGUCUGCUGGCUGAAGAUCCUUUUAGGACGUCCGCGCCUACUAGACGGAAUGGGGUGGGGCCACAUUUGUGCCCACCCUUGGCAUUUGCUAUUCCACGACAUCUGGCUGCGACCUCUUGUCAUAUGGAGCUAAUAGUUUACUAGGCCUCGAAUGCCGCCACAAGUUAAAUAUUUGAAUGACUUCCGUUGAAGUCAAGUUAAUAAAUGUGACCAUCGUUAUGGUCUUUAAAUCCCA